AUGUUCUGUUGUUUAGGUAGGAAAAAACGGGAAAAUGAAAUAGAAAGAACUAAUUCUAAUAAAUUAAUGGUAGAAAGAUUUAUAUUGUAAAAUUGUAAAUCUAAUGAUGAGGUAUUUUUAUAUAAAAAUAGAGGAUUCUUUUGAUGAAUCAUAAGAUAAGAAUAAUAUAAUUAUAAUAGAUUAUGAUAAUAAUUAAUAUGAAAAGAAGCCUUGGUCAGGUAUUUAGUGGCAAAUGAUUAUCCAAACAAAAAGUUUAAAUUAAAUUGAAUAGUAUAUUUGAGUCACUAAUUUGAGAGAUGAAAUGAAGAGAAAUGUAAGAUUUGGAAUUUUAUGUAAUUUAAGACCAGCUACUUGGUUUUGGAUUACAGAUAUAAAAAAUACUUAAAUGGUAAAGCAUUCAUCAAAUAUUUAUCAAAAAUUGAAAUCAUAUGAAUCUUAAUAUGAUCAAUAAAUAUUUAAAUGUAUUAAAGAGCUGGAUAAAAAAGUAUUUAUAAAUUAUAUAUUUUGAAGUACAAUGAUUUAGUUUUUGACAUCUUAAGAGCUUAUGCUAAUUAUGAUGUUGAAAUUGGAUUUAUUAAAGGGAUUGAUAAAAUAGUUGAAUAUUUAGUAUAAUAAUUGGAUCCUGAAUAAUAUAUUAAUUUAGAUUACUCAUAUAAUUAAUUUAAUAGAAUGAGUGAUUAUUAUGAAUAAAUGGUUUUUUGGAUGACUAUUCACAUUCUAUUUAAUUUAAAUUAUCGAAGAAUACUAAAAUAAAAUAUAAGUUUUAUAGAAACUUAAAAAUUUCAAAAUGCUCUAAUGCCUUCAAUAAAAUAUUUUAUUGAAUAACACUAAGUGAAAAUAAGUGAUUUAAUUGAGGUUCCUCUUUUAUUUUACUUUUGGUAAUAAAUAAAAAAAGAAGACUUUAUUAAAUUAUUUGAUGUAUUUCUUUUUGAAGGAGAAUGUAAGAUAAUAAUAAAUAUAAUAGCAAUUCUAUAACAAACUCUAUUAAAAUUUUUAAAAAUAUCAGAAGAUUUAAUUUGUUAAUUUUAAACAUAAGCAGAUUUAAAGAUCUUUAUAAAUUAAACAUUAAUUGCAUAUGGUAUUUCAAAAAUAGAAAAGAGUAAUUAAAAAUUAAUGAAUUUUCUAUUAUGA